UGUUGAAUCACCCCAAACCAGGCCAAGAGAUAUUUCUGAGACAAAGUCCAAGACACAGUCUGGCGUUCAGGGGGAGAGAGAGAGAGAGAUGCCAUUGAAACCAUUCACCUAUCCAUUGCCUGAAACAAGAUUUCUUCAUGCUGGCAGGCAUGUGUACAAAUUUAAAAUCCGGUAUGGCAACUUCAACAGCUCUCCCAAUCUCAGUCUCACUGAAAGCGCUGCCAAGGAGUCUGAGGAAGUGAUUCGAGUAAUCCUUGGAAAUCUUGAUGAUUUACAUCCAUUUUCUACAGACCACUUCACCGUCUUUCCAUAUUUGAGUAAAUGGGAGCGAGUAUCAAAAAUGAAAUUCAAACAUGAGAAUGUCCAUCUCGUGCCUUAUCCCUACAUUUGUACGUUGUAUCUAGAAUUGAACUCAUUUCAGCGAAAUAUAUCUUGUGGUAAAGAAGUAAACAAGGGCAGUGAUGAGCUUGUCAGGAAAAGAAAUGAAAUGUCAGAAAGUACUGCAAUGAAAGAAGGAGUGAAGAGGAGAAGAGUGGAAGUUAGAGAUGAUACCUCAUGCCCACAGUCUUGUAUGGACAGAACUGGAGCUGACUGUGUUCACCAAAUGAGUAAAGCAGAGCAAGGAUUUGAAAAGAAUUCCUCCAAAGCAAAUGAGCUUGAGUUCAGCCCAGCAUCCCUUACUAAAGACUGUGACCAACUGAGUUUCUGGGGACCUGUGGAAUUUGCCCUUGAACAAAAAAGAGUAGCCAGUCUGGCCGAGGGUGCAGUGCAGGUGCUGCAGCAAGUGGACCAAACAGGAAAGAAAGGAAACAUGAAGUCAGAAGAAAGAGGUCUCUCACAGUUCUGGAGAAGCAUCAUCUUUUCGCCACUACAACAUCUUUUUGGUGGAAAAAACUGACCUGGAAGUACUAAUUGUUGUGGAAAGGUAGAUUUGUAGUAUGAAUAUUGGGUUGCACUGUUUCUUCUGUAAGCAUUGUAAACCUUUCUUCAAGCAUUGCUUAUCUCAGCUAUUAAAUGCUUUAAAUUAAAUUCUACUUUGCUAAUGUUUUCAAAGUAACAUUCUGAAGAUGUUGGGUUAGAACAACA